UGUGUGGGUUUGUGCGGGUGGUGAGCCAAUGAAGACAGUUAGAAAGAGGUGAAGAGGAGAGAGAUAUCAACACAGACAGAACAGAGACAGGGAGGAGUGGUGUGAGGGCAAGAAUGUGUAUUACUCCCCUUGAAGUCUUGAGCCCCUCCCUCCCCCAGACACCAUCUCAAGGCCAAGUUAUUUGCAUAAACUGCUAAAAAGGGAGCACACAGAGCAAGACAGUUGAUACUGGCCAACGGACACAAAGGAAGGAGGACCUAGAGCAGACACUGACACAGCAGGCUGUUACACAGCCUCUGAGCACACACCCACUUACAACCACUCACACCUGUGACUCCAGCAGAGGAUUCACAGCAACACAGAGGAGGAUCUCAGCCCUGAACUGGCAUCGCACAAGUUGGUUGACUUUGACUCCAGCAAAAUGCAUUUUUGAGUGCAAAGGGAGUGAGCCCGAGCCUGCCCGCUGAGAGAUAAAGAGGAUCAUCUGACAUCUUUUUCAGUCAACAGAUAAACCACAGGUUAAGGACAGACAAGAAGGGGAAAGAAACAGCCAAAGACACCAGAGAAGGCUUGACAAAGGAGAGUGUAGGCUUAUAUCUCUGAAGAUGGAAGAAGCUCCACAGAUUUGGCACAUGCAGGUUGCCCCCGGGGACACUGCUAGAGAACUGCAACACAAGGUGUCAAUCGUGAGCCAACCGGAGUGCUCCAUUUGCUUCAACACCUACGACAAUGUCUUCAAAACCCCUAAGCAGCUGGAGUGCACCCACACAUUCUGCCUGGAGUGUCUCUCCCGCCUCAUGGCCGUCUCAGCGGCUGACGGGCAGGGUGACAGCAGCAGCACUAACCUCUCUUGCCCCUUGUGCCGUCAACUCACCACGCUGCCCGAGGAGGGACCCCCGGCCCUGACCACCAGCCACGAGGUCCUCUGCAAGCUGCCCAGCCACCAGCAGCAUGAGGAGUCGGUGUGGCUAGAGGGGGAGAAGCUGUGCUACAAAACCUCCAGGCACGACAGCGGAUCGAGUGCCCCUGACAGUCCCACGGCCUUCUGCAUCUGCAUUGACAUUGGGGCCAGCAAGUCAGCGAAUGCCCCGAAUCAGACACGGCAGCAUACUAUUGGCCGGCUGGAUCGGCUGGGAGACUGGAAGAGGAUGGUGCUCUUUGUUGUGCUCAUGGUGCUACUUGUUGUUAUCGUGUUGUGGCCACUGCAGUGUGUAUUCAGCACUGGAAACAUACGUUGCGUACGAGAUCCCCUCAGCUCAGUCCUCACUACCACCCCAACUACUACCACUACUUUCAGCCCAAAUUUGUAGACUGACUGGACAUCACUGCAAUUGUACAUAAUACUGUAUAUGACUCGAGUAAUACUGUAAAUAUUUGACUGUAAAUCUUUUGUGCAUAUCUGCACUUCAGUGAGUGCACAUUGUUAUUGCUACACACAACUGCCAACGCCUCAGAUUUUUAACCUGUAACAGAUGUUAAAGCCACUAUAUGGGGCUUUGUAGAUGUCUGACUUUAGUGCACCUCACUUGUAGUUUCAAAAAAGAUGCUGUGGCAGACCCCACCAGAGGAUGCAGGUGAAAGGACUUGAAAGCAAUACAAAGUGCACCAAUUUUCACUGGAGUAAUAUGCCUUCAGACCAAUUUAAAUUAUAUGGAGAUUUUCAUAUCAUAACCAAUAGAAGCGGAUUUCAACUCUGCAAUGCUGGAAUUUUUAAACUGUCCAUACAAAAGCUUGUAAAGACUCACUCAAAUAACGCCCAAAGGUAGAAGCAGAUGACUUUGUUAAGUGACAUAAAAACUUUUUGCACUUGAAUCAACACUUGUAAGACUUUUUCUGGUUGUCAUAUAACACAAAUAAGGUGAUUUGCUGUUAGUAUCUGCUGAAAAUUCAGCAAUGAAAGCUGUUCUGAGUGAAAAACACUGACAUUUAUUUCUUUGUAAAUAUUCAGUUGGCUAAAGAACAACAGUCCUGUUCAUAGUAAGAGGAAAACGUCCAUCAGAAAACAAAUGAAUGUAAUCCAAAUGUGCCAACAAAGAACUCUUUACAAACUUUUUACAUUUGUGUGGUUUGAUAUGUCCUUGUUUACAGAACUAUAAUAAAAAAUGUGAAGUAUCAGCACAGAUGAUGCUUCUGGGAAAUAACAGACA